AUGGCGACGGGCGGACAAUCAUUUUACGAGCUGUACCGCCGGAGCAGCAUCGGUCUUGCUCUGACGGACACGCUCGACGACCUCAUCAGUGAUGAGCGCAUCAACCCCCAGUUGGCGAUGAAGAUCCUGAGCAACUUUGACCAGGCCAUCACCGAGGCGCUCCAGAAGAACGUCAAGUGCCGGUUGUCAUUCAAGGUGGGACGCUACCCCCCCGGUGUUGUUGGCAGCACAUGGAGCUUGCGCGGCCAAGGGCUAACGAUGUUUUUUUCGCAAUUACAGGGAAGCCUUGACACCUACCGGUUCUGCGACGAAGUUUGGACCUUUUUGAUCAAGAACGUGACCUUCAAGAUGGACAACGGUACUCCGCCUGUAGUCGCCGACAAGGUGAAGAUAGUGAGCUGCAACGCCAAGAAGCCUGGCGAGGGCCCUUGA